GGAGGAUGAGUCCGUGACGUUUCACGGAAGUGUCUUGCUACAACGACGCAACUCGGGGCAACAUGGGAGAGAAUAACAGCGAAGGAGGCAACCUGGCGCAGGUGCGGCACGUGGUGUUGGUUCUGUCGGGGAAGGGCGGGGUCGGGAAGAGCACGCUGACCACAGAGCUGGCCCUAGCGCUGCGCCAUGCAGGCAAGAAGGUGGGGAUCCUGGACGUGGACCUGUGCGGGCCCAGCAUCCCCCGCAUGCUGAGCGUGGGCCGGCCGGACGUGCACCAGUGUGACGGCGGCUGGGUGCCCGUCUACACGGACUCCAGCAAGAGCCUGGCACUCAUGUCCAUCGGCUUCAUGCUGGAGAACCCAGACGACGCCGUGGUGUGGCGGGGGCCCAAGAAGAACGCCCUGAUAGGUCAGUUUGUGUCGGACGUGGCGUGGGGGGAGCUGGACGUGCUGCUGGUGGACACGCCCCCGGGCACGUCUGACGAGCACCUGUCGGUCGUGGAGAACCUGAGGAAGCACCGCCUGGACGGAGCCGUGCUCGUCACCACCCCCCAGGCCGUGUCCACCGGGGACGUGAGGCGGGAGAUCACCUUCUGUAAGAAGGUUGGCGUUCCCAUUCUGGGCAUCGUAGAGAAUAUGAGCGGCUUUGUGUGUCCGCACUGCUCAGAAUGCAGCAACAUUUUCUCCAAGGGUGGAGGCGAGGAGCUCGCUAAGAUCACAGGCUCACCGUUUCUAGGCUGUGUGCCUUUGGACCCUCUGCUGAGCAGCAGUCUGGAGGGGGGUGGAGACUUCAUGAAGAUGUUCCCAGAGAGCGCAGCCUUCAGCGCCAUCACCAACAUCUGCCGCACUCUUCUGGACACCCUUGAAGCUGCUUGAUGGUUCAGAGCCUGAGUGGCACUAUUGACACCUAGGAUAUUCAUGAUGGUUGAAAUUACUGGUCGACUAAAUCUGAUUUAUUUUGUCUAUCGAUGAGGACCAAACACUGGAGAGGAUGCAUUCUAUGAGGAACAGCCAAUUGUAUUUAUAUUUUGGCAUGCACGGGCAUGCAAUGACUGAUAUGAAUACUUUUGACAGGAAAUCGAAUUGAGGUUUCUACAUUGUAACAGUUUUCAUGGAUGGAGUUCACCAGAAUAUUUUAAUCCUUAAAUGUGUGUGAUUAAAGUGGGUAAAUUGUUGGAAUAAUCACAUGUUUGUUUUAUACUUUAGCGUGUGAAACAAACCUUUUAACCUACGCAAUGACGUAGGAUUUAAUUCUGUUAAUGCACUUUUUGAAAUAAACAAAUAAAAAGUUGUUUA